CAUGGCAGGCCAUCAAAAAAUCAACUUGUUCCCACUCCACCUGUUCAAAACUCAAUUAAUCUGCUGCCUUCCAAUAAAAGGCUUGGCUUUCACCGGGGAGCCAAUAGAGAGGCAUUAAAGCAGCGAGACCCAGGCCAAUCCCAGGCAGCAUUCUAAUGUGGCGUAUCUUUAUCAAGGUGCCACUCCAUUUCCAGAUACUGCUUAUUUAAGAUUUCUGCGGAGAGAGCCGGCAGGAGGGAUGUGUCUUUAGGGGAACACUGAAAUCUGUGUCCAGAGGGUUCGACCGAAACUUCCGAUAUGGAGCUAUCAAACGCCAAACUGUGGCUGAGGAGAGGUGAAGGGCGAAAGUGAAGAGUUUAUCUGCUGCUUCACGGUUCCUGAUGUGGUAGCAACUUUGGCAAACACCACAGACUUUGUUACGAUUGCCAUAAGUGCUCUUGGCUGUUUGCACAUCUGGGAACAUCGCGUGCAUUGACCCCAGAUCCCCGACAUCACCCGUGGGUAAGGGAAGUCCUCGUGGGGCCCUCACAGGUCUUUUCCUGCUUGGAUCUUACUGGAUGUGUUACUGAGAACUGGAGGCAGAGUGACAAACGUCCCAUGGAUCCAAACAUCCAGGGGUCUUUCCUGUUCAACAACAGCCUCAACCAGUUCCCCUCGGAUCUAAAGGCACCGGUGUGCCAGUACUCAGUGCCCAACUCUUUCUACAAGCUCAACCCUUGCCUGAACAGCCAGCUGCAGGCAGGGACGCCUCACGGCAUCAGCGACAUCCUGAGUCGUUCCAUGGUAGGGAUGGGCACCACGGGCACCACCACCCUGCUGUCGGGAUACUCAACCAUGGGGGGGUUCAGCCCCUCCGUCACCAGCACGUCCAUGUACUAUAACCGAGACUACAACUCCUCGCUGGGCGGCUUCUCCAAGCCGGGCACCGAGUGCCCCAUGAAGGCUCGCAGUGUGAGCUGCUGGGCAGAGAGCAGCUGUGACUGGAGAGGAGGGAGGCAGCAGUGCACCAACAGCGGUGGUCCUCUUGGGGAGAUGUCCGGCAGGAAGAAACACACAAGACCAACAUUCAGCGGACAUCAGAUAUUUGCUCUGGAGAAAACAUUCGAACAGACCAAAUACUUGGCCGGGCCUGAGAGGGCGAGACUGGCUUAUUCUCUGGGAAUGACCGAAUCACAAGUGAAGGUGUGGUUUCAGAACCGGCGCACCAAGUGGAGGAAGAAGAGCACCACGGAGCCCAGCUCCACGCAGGGCGGCCCCGGCGGCCAGUGCGGCGAGGCCUCCGAGAACGAGGUGGAGGACGAGGAGUACAACAAGCCCCUGGACCCCGACUCCGACGACGACAAGAUCCGACUGCUGCUGCGCAAACACCGCAGGGCUUUCUCCGUGCUGCGCCUGGGGCCACACCACGUCUGAGCCGCGCACGCGCGCGCGCGCGCUCGCACACGCCCCGGCAGACCUGCAUGAUUUAGUAAACAGCAACUAGUUUGGGACACAAAGUGAAAUCCAUGUGCAGUCGAGCAGUUAAGAAAGUCAACAUGUUCAAUAGACAAACGGGCUGAAUAAAGGCAAAUUUAAAAAGCUAGGAAAAUGAAUUCAAAAAAGAUGUUUACUUUUAUAAGUUACCGAUCUAUGGCCUGUUUUAAUGUUACAUUGCCUAUGUCAAACUCUUCAUUUUGUAAAAACAUAAGAAAAUAACUAAAUGGGUAAAACACA